AGGUUAAGUUCUUGGUCAUAAAAAAAAAAAAAGCCUAUAUUGCCAUAAUCACAAGUUGAAUCAAACUUUGUCUAGUUUCUUGUUCCUCUCUGGCCCAAUAAUAACACUGAUUUUUUCCCCUCAGAAAAAUGGAAUCAGACAAUUUACAAGACCCUCAGGAGGAAACACUCACCUGCUCCAUCUGCCAGGGUAUCUUUAUGGAUCCAGUUUAUUUAAGGUGUGGCCAUAAGUUCUGCGAGACAUGUCUCUUACUUUUUCAAGAAGACAUCAAAUUUCCUGCCUACUGCCCCACGUGUAGGCAACCAUGCAACCAGAGAUAUAUAAAUGACAUUUCUCUGAAGAAGCAGGUGUUCAUUGUCAGAAAGAAAAGGCUCAUGGAAUAUCUGAAUUCUGAGGAGCACAAGUGUGUGACCCACAAGGCGAAAAAGAUGAUCUUCUGUGAUAAGAGCAAGAUCCUCCUCUGUCACCUGUGUUCUGACUCCCAGGAGCACAGCGGUCACACACACUGUUCCAUUGAUGUAGCUGUUCAGGAGAAAAUGGAGGAACUUCUAAAGCACAUGGACUCAUUAUGGCAGAGGCUCAAAAUCCAGCAGAAUUAUGUAGAAAAAGAGAGGAGAAUGACCUUGUGGUGGUUGAAGUCCGUGAAGCUACGGGAGGAAGUGAUCAAGAGAGUGUAUGGAAAACAAUGUCCACCCCUCAGUGAAGAAAGGGAUCAACACAUAGAGUGUUUGAGACAUCAAAGCAACACUACUUUAGAGGAGCUCAGGAAAAGUGAAGCUACGAUAGUCCACGAGAGAAAUCAACUAACAGAGGUGUAUCAGGAGCUGAUGACAAUGUCCCAGAGGCCAUACCAGGAGCUGCUGGUGCAGGACUUGGAUGACUUGUUCAGAAGGAGUAAGCUAGCGGCAAAGGUGGACAUGCCACAGGGUAUGAUACCAAGACUCCGUGCCCAUUCCAUUCCUGGGCUGACUGCAAGGCUCAACUCCUUCCGAGUGAAGAUUUCCUUUAAACAUUCAAUCAUGUUCGGCUACAACUCAGUCAGACCUUUUGAUAUCAGACUUCUCCAUGAAAGCACAUCUCUGGAUUCAGCUAAAACCCAUCGUGUUUCCUGGGGAAAAAAGAGCUUCUCCAGGGGAAAAUACUACUGGGAGGUGGAUUUGAAGGACUAUAGGCGGUGGACUGUAGGAGUCUGUAAGGAUCCCUGGUUAAGGGGGAGAAGCUAUGUGGUGACACCCACAGAUAUAUUUCUUCUUGAGUGUUUGAGAAACAAAGAUCAUUACAUUCUCAUCACCCGCAUAGGACGUGAACACUAUAUAGAGAAGCCAGUUGGCCAGGUUGGCGUGUUCCUUGAUUGUGAGGGUGGAUAUGUAAGUUUCGUGGAUGUAGCCAAGAGUUCCCUCAUACUCAGCUACUCUCCUGGAACUUUCCAUUGUGCUGUCAGGCCUUUCUUCUUUGCUGCCUACACCUAAUCAUAGGAAGCUGGAAUCCAGUAUGCUAGUGCUUUUCCAGUACUUCUAUGAUAAUGUGUCCCCUCUUUAUUGUGAUGGUUUGUAUAUGCUUGGCCAGAGGAGUGGCACUAUUAGAAUGUGUGGCCCGGUUGGAGUUGGUGAGUCACUGUGGGUGUGAGCUUUAAGACUAUCAUCUUAGCUGUGUGGAAGCCAGUCUUCCACUAGCAGCCUUCAGAUGAAGAUGUAGAACUCUCAUCUGGGUCUCUACCAUGCCUACCUAGAUAUUGCCAUGAUCCCACUUUGAUAAUGGAUUGAACCUCUAAACCUGAAGGCUAGCUCUAAUUAAAUGUUGUCCUUUAUAAGACUUGCCUUGGUCAUGGUGUCUGUUGAUAGCAGUAAAACCCUAACUAAGACAUGUUAAAAUGAUAUUAAGGGAUGGAGAGAUGGCUCAGAGGUUAAGAGCAUUGACUCUUGGUUAAGGGACUGUUCUCCUGUGUUCAAAUCCCCGCAACCACAUGGUGGCUCACACCCAUCUGUAAUAAGAUCUGAUGCCCUCUUCUGGUGUGUCUGAAGACAGCUAUAGUGUACUUACAUAUAAUAAAUUUAAAAAAUAUAAAAUGAUAAUAAAUGUAGAAGAUGGGUGACUGCUUCUUAUCUGUGGUCUACUUGUUAAUCCUAGAACAUUUACUUUUUUUUUUUUUAAAGAUUUUAUGUAUUAUGUGUAAGUACAUUGCAGCUGUCUUUAGACACCAGAAGAGGGCGUCAUAUCUCACUACGGAUGGUUGUGAGCCACCAUGUGGUUACUGGGAUUUGAACUCAGGACCUCUGGAAGAGCAGUCAGUGUGCCCUUACCCGCUGAGCCAUCUCACCAGCCCGAACAUUUACUUUCAAAGUAGUUAUUGCUUUUUGUUUUUGCAUAUUUGUGAGAAUUACUAAUUAGAAUCUUGGAUCUAGUGUAGACCUAGAACUCAGGAUGCAGAGUUCCAGCACCAUUUAAAUAUUCUGUAUCUGUGAUUCUAAGUUAAUGACGUCAGGCAGAGGCACAGAGAUCUACUGUAGGCAGAUUUGUUGAUCAAUAAAAGCUUGAAUCCCUAUUUGAUCUAAAAAAAUAAUUAUUUACCAACUGGGAUAGAACAACAACAACAAACAGGCUCUCAUCGUUCAGAGAGGGAUUUUUUUUUUCCUGGAAAAAAGGAAAGUGAGUUUCCCCCUCUUUCACAUCCUUUAUUUUAAACCUGUUUUAUGUUGGGGACAUACUUGAAAAAACUUUAAUUGUCUCCAACAUAAAAUAGCUUUAAAUAUUGAAUAUUCUUCCAGUCUCAGAGAGCACACAAAUGUCUUUUGACAUUCAACAGCUUCUCUCUUCUGGAAACCUCUCCUUGGUCAUUUGCAAGAGGGUCAUGUGUGGGGCUGGUGAGAUGGCUCAGCGGUUAAGAGCACCGACUGCUCUUCCAAAGGUCAUGAGUUCAAAUCCCAGCAACCACAUGGUGGCUCACAACCAUCUGUUAAAAAAAUUCUGAUGCCCUCUUCUGGAGUAUCUGAAGACAGCUACAGUGUACACACAUAUAAUAAAUAAAUAAAUCUUAAAAAAAAAAAGAGGGUCGUGUGCACCUGAGAACACUGAGAGGAGUAGAUUGUAAUGCCCAUCCAAGGCCAUUUUCUUUCAUGAUUCUAGACUUUCAGAAAUGAAGUCUCAAGUUUUUUUGGUUAGCCAGUCUAGUUCCCUCUGCUUUCUCAUGUUGCUUCGAAAGGCAUAAAGUUAUACUUCUUAAUAUCCCAACAUAAGAUUUGACUCCAUUGACCAUUUGACUUCUGUGACACCUAGGCUCUGACCAGAAUAUUACACCAAGGACUGUGCAGAAACAUGAGAACUUAGGUUGCUCCUUUAGGAAGCAUAUUGCAAAUAUUUUAGAGAAGACUAGACUGACUAAGAACACAGUAGACAUAAGAAAUGCCAUGCGACUACUACUUAGCACCAGGCAUGCAGUUCAAUAAGAUCUCAAAACAUAGAAGCAUUAAGCUCAAAGGGGAUGAGGUGUCUUGUUUUUUCUCAUUUUUUAUUGGAAAAAGAGAAAGCAAAUGUUGGGGUUGCAUUUAUAUCAUGUACAGGAUUCUGGAGAAUUUCUAAAUCUCCCAAUUUCUUGAAACUUUACAUUCCAGUCAUAAAACCUCAUUUGAUCCAUUGACAAUAUAACAGCUCAUAUGUAACCCUCAGGAAACCUUGUGGAAGAGGCAGAUACAUCCUAAGAGCCAGAGCACCAGAACAUCUGCUUCUAAAUAGGCACACAAGGAAGAGGGAGUUGAAGGAGGGCCCAUGGGCGCAUAUACAAUAUGUGAAAUUGCCUUAAAUUAAUAAAUGAGAGCUAAAAAGCAAAUCAGUUUAGCAGUCAGGGCAGCUCUGUGGCUUAUGUCUAGUCCCAAGCUCCUCAAAUGUACUUUUGUGGGCAAAUGGCCUUCACCUUGGCCACAUUUAGAGCAUAUAGAGUAUAAAUCCUUUCCUAUUUAACUAUUGUGGUUCUUUUGAACUCAUAUCUAAUAAGGUAAAACACAAAGCUCAUGUAUAUACAUUUUAAAUUUUAUUCUUAUAAUACUGUCAGAUCAUAGCUUCUUCUUUCAUUUCUCCCAGUCCAAGCCUGGGUAAGGCAACCCAGUAGGAGGAAAUGGGUCUCAAGAGCAGACAAGAGUCAGAUAUCUACUUCACUGUUACCAGUCCUACAAAAACUCCAAGCUAAAAACCAUAACAUGCCGGGCAGUUAAUCCCAGCCUUUAAUCCCAGCACUUGGGAGGCAAAGGCAGGCAGAUUUCUGAGUCUAUGCAGUUGAGUUCCAGGACAGCCAGGGCUAUACAGAGAAACCCUGUCUCAAAAAACCAACCAACCAAAAACCAUAACAUGCAGAUAUAACUUAAGCACAUACCAAUGUUCCAGGGUUGCUGCUUCAGUCUCUGUGAACCCCCAGGACCCCUACUUAGUUGCUUCUGUUUGCUGUAUUAUCCUAGUGUCUUUGACCCCACUGACUCUUAUAAUUCUUCCUCCCCCUUCUUCCAUGGGGUUCCUAGAUCUCUGAGGGGAGGGACCUAAUGGAGUACUCCAAUUUGGGCUCUCUCUACAUCUCAUGCAUGGCUGUCAGUCUUUACAUUGGUUCUAAUCAGCUUCUAGGGAAAGUGUCUCUGAUGACUAUUGAACUAGGCCUCAAUCUUUGAGUAUAGCAGAUUACCACUAGGGAUCAUUUCAUUGACUUAUUUUUCCUACCCUAGGUCCUUGGCUAUCCAGACUCCAGUUCUUGAUGAUCCAGGCAGUGUUGGGCAUGGGCUUCCUCUCUUGUGGGCUUCGAAUUAGACCACCCAUUAGUUGGCCACAUUAGUUCUCCUCCAUUGCCCCAGCACAUCUUUCUGGCAGGAUAGGUUGUAGGUCUAAGGGCAUUAGCUGGGUUCAUGUUGCAACCCUACCACUGUAAGUCGCCUGGUUAUAGAAUAUGGCUGGUUCAGGCUCUGUAUCCUCCAUUACUGGGAGUGGUCUCUGGGGUCACCUUUGUAGAUUCCAGUGAUUUUAUUUUAUUUUAUUUUAUUUUGGUUUUUUGAGACAGGGUUUCUCUGUGUAGUCCUGGCUGUCCUGGAACUCAUUCUGUAGACCAGGCUGGCCUCGAACUCAGAAAUCCGCCUGCUUCUGCCUCCCUAGUGCUGGGAUUAAAGGCGUGUUCCACUACGCUCAGCUCCAUUACUAGAUUUCUACAUCAGCUCCAGAAGUUAUCCAAUUCCAGUCAUCUCUCCCAUACUCUCUCCCUCCAAUCCUCCCUGAGAACUUGAUCCCCACUUGUUUCUUAGCUUCAUGUCUGUGGUUUGUAGAAUAGUUAUCCUGUACUUUGUGGCUAAUAGUCACUUAUAAGUGAGAAUACCAUGUUUGUCUUUCUGGGUCUGGGUUAUCUCACUCAGGAUGAUCUUUUCUAGAUUCAUCUACUUGCCUACACAUUUAAUGAUAUCAUUGUUUUUAAUAUUUGAGUAAUAUUCCAUUAUGUAAAGGUACCUCAUUUUCUUUAUCCAUUCUUUGGCUGUUUCCAGUUUCUGGCUAUUAUGAAUAAACCUACUAAAAACUUUGUUGAGCAAGUGUCCUUAUGGUCGGUUGAGUAUUUUUUGGGUCUAUAGCUGGAUCUUGAGAUAGGUCUAUUCCAAGUUUUCUGAGAAACUACCCAAUUGAUUUCCAACGAGGUUGUAUAAGUUUGCACUCCCAUCAGUGGAGGAGUGUUCCCCUUGCUCCACAUUUUUGCCAGGAUGAAAUGGAACUUGAGAUUUUUUUUCUCAGCCAUUUUGAUGAGUGUAAGAUGAAAUCUGAGUUAUUUUAAUUUGUCCUUACCUGAUAACUAAGGAUGCUGAACAUUUCUUUAAGUGCUUCUCAGCCAUUUAAGAUUCAUUUGUUGAGAAUUCUCUGUUUGGGUCUGUACCACAUUUUUAUUAAUUUUAUUUAUUUAUUUUUGUUUAUUUUUUUCAAGACAGGGUUUCUCUGUGUAGCCCUGGCUGUCCAGGCACUCACUUUGUAGACCAGGCUGGCCUCGAACUCAGAAAUCCGCCUGCCUCUGCCUCCCAAGUGCUGGGAUUAAAGGCAUGUAACACCUCUGCCCAGCAGAGGCAUUUUCUCAAUCAGGAAUCCUUCUUCCAAGGUGGGUGUGGAAGGCACUCACCUUUAAUCCCAGUAUUCUGGAGUCAGAGGCAAUCUGUGAUUCAAGGCCAGCCUGUCCUACAAACUAAGUUCCAGGACAGCUAGAGCUACAUAGUGAGACCCAGACUCAAAAAAACCUAAAUAAAUAAAUAAACAAAUAAAUAAAUGAUUGCUCUAUUUGCAUGCACACCUGCAUGCCAGAAGAGGGCAUCAGAUCCCAUUACAGAUGGUUAUGAGCCUCAACGUGGUUGCUGGGAAUUGAACUCAGGACCUCUGGAAGAACAACUAGUGCUAUUCCAUCUUUGGGACACUGGGGGGAAGGGGUGAAGCUUCAGCCUUGCAGAUGAGGGGUGGUGCUGGGGGAAGGGGGGGGGGGAGGGGGGUGGGGGGACUAAAGGUGUACACUGUCAACACCCAGGUUCUUUGAACUGCAGAGCCAUCUCUCCAGCCCCUGACCCCCACCCCCAGCUUGUUUUUUAAGAUUUAUUGAGCUCUCAGGUAAGCUCCUUACCAAGCUAGAGUACCUGGAUGAUAUCUAGUAUUAGCCCUCUAUUAACAAAAAGAAUUAUUCAGACAGAAUCUGUAUAUUUCAGGAGGCUUAGUCAAAAAUGUCAUCCAGUGUGUAUAAAAAGGUUUCAGUUAGUACAUUUAAUGGAAACGAAUUUUAAUUCCCACUAAAAUGAUGCCCUGUUUGGACUUGUUUCUUGCUCAGCUACAAAUCGCCCAGUCAUGAUGGGGAUGGCUCCUUGGUUAAACGUGCUUACUGCUUUCAGGGCCCAGGUUCAGCACCCAGUUAGUUCCCUCACAGCAGCUGAACUUUAGCUGCAGAUCCUACGCCCCCUUCUGUGCCACGCUCUCCAGUUGAGUCAGCUUGAUAGGCGAAAGUUUGGAAGCUUUCUCAUGAGGAAAAGAGUUUCAAGGAAACUCCCUCCUGGAGUCUAGCUAUCCCCCUAACCCAUAAAAUUAAUUUUCCACUCCCGAGUUAGUCUAGUGUAUGGAUCCACGUGCCUUCUACUAAGCAUUACCCUAUUAUAAGUUCCUUUUAAGACUGAAUUCUGACAUAGCUAAAGCCUUUCCCAGUGUUCCAAGAUCCCAGACUACAGCAAGGAGUUUAACCUAUUCAGUAACUAAUUAAGCACUACAAUAAAUCAGAGCCAUUAACUCAAUUGGUCUGCAGAAAGAGCCUGGAAAUCUCACUGAGAUAAAAAAAUCUUUACUACAGUCUACAUUCCAUGCCAAGAGCAAGUUGAUAUACUAUCCUGAUAAAUGGGGAAUUUUCCAGACAAGAUAAGAUUUUACAAGGCCUAGGAAUUUAGAGGUCCGUGACACCACAUUAUUCUUGAGGCCUAUCAAGAGUUAAAACCCCCUGGUGCUAUUAACACUAAAGUGUGAAACUCUUGCCUGGCACUAGGCUGAUCCUAGGCAGGGCUGCUAAUCUCUAUUGUAAACAUUUAUCUAGUUUCUACAAACUUCAUUCUCUUGUAUCUGGUAAAUUUCAGUGUACCUUGUCUUAUAGUGAUUUGUAGCUCCUGAUAAUUCGCUGUAUUAUAAAUAGUCUAAUGCUCGACCAGACAUUACAUUCAGAUUCAACACCUCUCUGUGUGCGUCUGUUUGUCAAAUCCUAAGCUUUGCCCACCUACUCUAGAGACUCGUUCUAUGCAGACACAGGGGCCCAGAGGGUCUGCGGCACUUCUGGCCUGAAAGGGCAAUCGCACUCACACACAUAUCACCCCUAAUUCCCACCCUAUACAAACAUUCCUCCUUCAAUGCACAAUGAACACACUAACUUCUCAUCACAUUUUCUUACUGAAAACACAUUGCAAUUUGAAUCCGUCUUCAAAAACUAUAAUGUACUUAGCAUUCAGCCUUAUCUUGUAUUCCAUGUUUUUCUAUCCCACUAAUACCAAGAUCCCAAUCUAUCACAAAUACAUCUGAAACUAUACUAUGCUUUA